AUGAUUCAUCGAUCAGCACGAGUCGAUGUACGCACCAAAAGCGGUAGCCUUACAAGUCGUAGCAACUCCACCAAGUCCAAGGCAACCCCAUUGCUUCAACGACGGAGGCAUACCUUUUGGGCACUUAUUCUGGGUUCCUUACUGUCUUGUUAUUUGGCCACGGUUGUGUUGCUUUCCGAGAAUGGAUCCUCCGCUUUCACCACGUCGAGUGAAAACCCACUGUCUACUUUCAGCAUGGGGAACGAAUGGAAGGCGUUUUCGUCAUCGGAAAGUCACAAGAAUCGAAAGAGGAGCAACGGACGAGUCACGCAGAAUCAAACCGUACUACUGUACAUUGAUGGUGAAAUUUCAGCAGAGGACGAGAAGGCCGCUGCAAAUUCCCUGCAGUCGUUGGUGAAUCAAUUUGGAUCUCAGUCGCUGCAAAAAUGGGAGGUUAUUCGUCAGGCAGACAACCAAGAAAAGAAUUUUGACAUUGCAACACAAAAUCUUCCGUGUGUUUGGAUCACCAAGAAAGGACCCGUGCAAUCGUCACUAGGUUCAAAUCCAAGCGGAAGAAAUGUACACUCGCGCUGUAUUCAAAUGGUGGCGACUGCAGCAUCGGAUGAUCCAACUAAUUCUUCGAUGGACUGGAGAUUGCACAAGCAGGGAUCCGUAGGUUCCACAAAACCUGGCCGAUCCAAUUCCAACUCUACUAUUUGUCUCCCCCGUCAAGUAGGGCCCCGCCAAGACUUUUGGCAACGAGGUGUCAACUUUGAAAGAGUGGGCCUAUGGAUGCAAGCCGCUUCAAUUCGAUCCUACGUUUGGAACCUGGCCUUGGUCCCUGACUCACAAGAACAAUGGUUAUCGGAUGCUAUCCACAAAGUUGGCAAAGAAUCUUUUUCUGAUGGACGCAACGCUUCAGGAAUCGUAAUUACCAAGCCCUUGGACGACUACAAACCAGUGCCCUACUUUCGUGAUUUGCUGACAAGCGUAUUCACAGUUGUUGUUUUCAAACCCGAAUCUGCGGUUUCUUCGCAGCAGAAUAUCACUCCUCAAGGACGGAAACAACGCAAUAAGAAGCAACGAAAAGAAUCUCCGGGACAACACAAAUCCAUGUUUUGGAAGCAGCUGCAAGAAGUCAUCUUGAGCGGGUCUAUCCCCAUUGUGAUCACGAUGGGGUCCCCCAAUGCCCAAAUGGAUUGCAAUCACGAAUUGUUCUUUGGUUCAAACUCGCCCAUUUUGGUGCUUCCCAAUCAGAUGAAACCUCUACUGACUACUUUAUGGGAGGAACCUCCUGCUAAAUUGAACGCAAGACAAGACGAGCUUCGGGUAUGGUACCAACGUACGAUGAUCCAGAGAGCAAUUCAGGUUGAAGAUUGGAUACUCGACACUACGCCGUCAUCCAAAGCUCCAUCGUCCGACCAACGCUUGCAAUUGGCAAAGGAAUAUUUGCAGGAUUUAACGCCAUUUUUCUUGCAGCAGCGUAGACACGCUGCAAAGCCAUUGUGUCUCACGCCUCCAUUUUAUGGACGAACCAACAACAAAGUUAUCGAAAUUGGAAAAUUGCUCAAACUAUCCUAUCAAGAAGGGAAGCAUCGUGCUUUGGCACUGGAUCGACGAUGGUCGAACUGGUACCGGCCACAUUUCGAUGAGCGUGACGACGUUCUGUUGGACUACUACCCUCAUGGAGAAUGUGAGAAAACUUUUACAGCUAGAGAAGCUUUUGAAAUUACCGAUUGGGAUCUGUCAUACUUGAUUCACCUACUUCCUCGACAUGACUAUCGAGAACGAGCCGAAAAGAUUAUCAAUACCUGGCAGCAUGGGAAUAACUACAUUUCGGUACACCGUCGUGAUUUGGAAGGUUCCUGUCAUGUGCACGCCAAGUGCUCCGAUGUCGAGUUGGAAACGUCGACCUGCUUGCAAAAGCGAGAUCCCACCGAAAUCUGCUCUGCGGAAUUGCGACUUCGGGCGUGUGACAUGGAAUACAAUAUGGUGCCAAAUCCAGAAGGUUUGCCCAUUGUCUUGUUCACAGAUGGACAAGUUCCAGCCAAGGAUGGAACCUUCCCCCACAUGUUCAAUACCACCGAUUUCUUUGUGGAGAUGUGGCUCAUGGUCAAGUCGAAAACUCAUUGGGGAAAUCCGAGGUCCACCGUGGAUGCCGUGGUUUCUAGUUGGCGAGAAGGGCGCGAGAUGGAACCAAAGGAAUGCUAUCCAACAUAA